CAAAAAAGGAAGGAAGCCCUCUCGACGACGCUAUCGCGGCAAAACCGGUUCAAAUACUUAGCUCCGAGCUAGCCGUCCGAUCGACUACAUGCAUUCCGUCAUUGUCUAAAUAGUCGACGACAGGUUUUCGCGACCAUGGACGACGACGCGAUAACAUUUCGUAUGAGUGCGUUUUCGGAGCAAGGCGGGAGGAAAUACAUGGAGGAUGUUCUCGAGGUGAAAAUCGAGUACGAGCCGACGGAGGAUUACCUAAAUUCGCACAGACACGGAGGGGGGGAGGCGAAAGCGGAGAACGAGCCCACCAAACAGACCGGUGGCGACACACACGGUCACGCCAGUCCCGAAUCCGCUCCGGUUUCUGCGGUGUGGGUCGAGAGCUUGUCGGGCACGGACAGCGAGGGCAGCGGUGGCGGGUCAGUAUCCGACGAAAAAGUCGCCAGCCACCGCGCUCGUAGGUCCGUAGCGUUUUUCGCCGUCUUCGACGGCCACGGAGGCCGAGAGGCGGCACACUUCGCGCAGGACCAUCUGUGGGAUCUGCUGAAAAGGCAACGAGGGUUUUGGUCGAAGGAUCACGGCGAAGUGUGCGCAGCCCUGCGCAAAGGAUUCAUUGCCUGCCAUCACGCGAUGUGGAAAAAGCUACCUGAGUGGCCAAAGACUCUAACUGGCCUGCCCAGUACAUCAGGGACCACGGCCAGCGUGAUCGUGAUUCGGGGUGUUCACAUGUAUGUUGCCCACGUAGGGGAUUCAGCGGUGGUAGUUGGGGUGAAAGACAAUGACUCUGAUAUCACGCUCCAGGCACUUGAAGUAACACAAGACCAUAAACCUGAACUUCCCAAAGAAAAAGAGAGGAUUGAGCGACUGGGUGGCAGUGUCAUGAAGAAGUCUGGGGUGAACCGUGUUGUGUGGAAGCGACCCAGACUGACCCACAAUGGUCCGGUAAGGAGGAGCACUGUAAUUGACCAGAUCCCCUUCCUGGCUGUGGCCCGAGCCCUAGGUGAUCUCUGGAGCUAUGACUUCUACAGUGGGGAGUUUGUGGUUUCCCCAGAGCCUGAUACCACCGUGCUAACCCUUGAUCCUAAGCGGCAUCGCUACAUUAUCCUCGGCAGUGAUGGACUGUGGAACAUGAUGCCGCCCAAAGAUGCUGUUAAUAUGUGUAAUAGCCAUGACAAAAUGGUGGGACCAAAGGGAAUGUCAUGUGCCACUCGGUUGGGAUGCACAGCCCUAUUAUUUUGGAAACAACGCAUGCUUCGGGCAGACAACACAACAGUUAUUGUUCUGGCGCUACAGGAGCGCGGGGGCCCACCUAUUCCUAUGCAUCGAGAUGAAAUUGUCGUGGAUAUGGCAAUGGGAAUUGACCACAUUCCCAACCCGGGAACUCCUUACAACACAUGUAAGAUUGUACAGAAUACUUGGGUAACGGGCCAACAGGCGGAGGAGGAGGAUGGCAUGUUUUAUGAAGAGGAUGAGAUAUAUGAAGAAGAACAUGAGGAAUGGACAUGCCUGGAGUGGUAGUGAGCAGAGUGGUGCAGUGAAGGUGUCAUCCCCAUUCGGUGUGUGUCCUUGGGCUCUAGAGCGGAGGAAUGGAGAGAGUAGAGCUGUGUUCUGUCAUCCCUCGCAGCUGAUGCCACCUGAUGUUGAUACCCAGUGGGCCACUCCACCUCCCCCUGACAGUUCCACGAGUUUCUGUGAGAAUGAAGAGUCAAGGACUCCAGCAGACUCCCCUACGCAUCCCCCUCAGCUGAAGCGGCCUCGUCAGUCUCCGUAUUGCGCCCAUGAACGUAGAACUCCUCACCGUCCUCUCAACCAGUCCCCCGACAGACGAUCGCCUCCCAGGACACCUCAUACCCGAGCUCAAAGGGAACGAUCCCGGCAGGGGGGUCCUGGAAAGAGACAGAGAAACUCCUCUACUGUGCCCAGUAUCCUACCACAGCACCGCAAAGCUGCCUUGUGUGGGUGCUGAAUCUUGUGUUGCAGAAAAGGAGCGCUUACCAUGAGACUAGUGCUAUGAUCCGCAUCAUUUUGCCUAAAACACAUCAUAUCCUGUCAACUUUGCUCACAUACUAGGAAUGCCACAGGGCUGUUCGUAAAUUACGUAAACUUUGAUAGGAACUCCUUUUCCUCUUUGUAAAUAUGCGAGAAUGUAAAUGUGUUGUUGUCUUUGCUCUACUUUUUUUUUAUUUUUUAACAUUAGCUCGUUUUAAUUGUGUAUAUUUUUAGCCCCUUUGCCCCUUUUAAUGUUAGUUUUUAGGGAUCAGAUAUUAAAGAUUUUAAAAAUAUUCAAUCUACUGUCUAUUUUCAUACCUAUAAUUCUGUACAGUAUAUCCAAAGGACUUAUUUUCAAGAUCUUGACUCACUACAACCUGAAACGGCUUCAGGUCACCAGUUAAUGUCCAGUUGUGAUGCACACAAUCUUUGGAGCUUCAUUAGAUUUAACCUUGAAUGGAAAAAAAAAGCCCGCGUGGGAGUCGAGGAUCAUCUUGUGUAACUGUACUGUGGUACAAUGAAAAAAGGGAUGCCUUGGCGUUGAGCAAGAUGUCCUCAUCUUUCGGCGAAUAGUGUUUUUAAAUGUUGAUGGUACAUUUCCGGCUGAGGGAGAAGCCCGUGGCAUUGAUUGCACUGCAGAAAAUGAAUAAUGGAUGCCAAAUUAAGGAAGAAGAAAAAUUAAUGGCCUGCGGAGAGAAUGAUGUGACGAACACUGACAUUUUUUGUCUUGUUUUCUUUGGGUCUUUCCCAAUGGCCAUCUGAACACAUGAUGAUUACACACUAAUAUGAAUAAUUAGUUUAUCAUUUGUGUUAGCUGGCCAAAGGACAUCAGUUUGGCUCCUUAGUUGUAAUUUUGCGGAGCAGCCGCCUCACUGCUGCUCAAGGGAACUGCAGUCAUCAUGCCGCCCACGUUAUAAAUCGGCCUUUGGAAAGCAUUGUUUGAAAAGAAGCCAACAUUUUAUUUUCUUUAUUGGCCGAAUACUGGAGAAAUACCUGAGAAACUCACCGACCUUCAAAAAAGGAGUAUUUAGACAGCGGCAUAGACUGUCCUACACUUCCAAUACACUUGUUUUUCUUUGUAUUCCACAUCAUUUUAAUCUCAUGUCAUUCAGCUGUGUAUUUGGUAUCUCCGUGUAGUGUCUUUCUGUUUGUUACGCCAUACCUCCAUAGCCCUUGUUUGCUGGGUAUAUGUACACAUAACUUCAUGACCACUGGAGCGUGUCCAGUAGAUUCCCAGCUUGUGGUAGAUGAUAAUCAAAUUCCUAAGUGAGUAUAGUUUAAAUUAAUGUUAAUAUGGAAUCUCAUUUUUAAGUUAAUUAUUUUGCCUUGUUUGUACAUCAUGUGGUCUUAACGGCUUUUGCAUAAAAGAACCAAAAGUAUUUAUCACAUGUCCCCGAAUAGGGAUCUGAAAUAUGCCGAUACGCUGUGUGCCCCCUGUCGAUAAUGGAUCAUGUACUCGCAGUUCUGUAGUACAACAAAUCUGCUUGUCAUAAAGUAACAAUAUUGUACCAUUAACACUGAUGAAAAUUAAUCCUAUUAUUGUUUAUCAGUGGUUUUAAAGGGUGGUUUGUCUUUAUUUUUGAUGUACAGUACAUUAUGCAACAGUAAAGUUUGUACAGUACAUGAAUAUGCAAAAUCACCUAAUGAUUUUAAACUCAAGUCUGGCAUGCUCAGAUCUUACGUGUGUGUUGUGAUGUGUCCAGAGGUGAUAACUGUUACCAGAGGUGUGUUGUUUUGACAGUUACAUCUGAAUUUCUGGUAUUACAUCCACUACACCCAAUUUCAUGUCUAACUGUAAUAAAUAACUACAUGCUUUGGAAGUGACUGGAUAUAUGUGUGUUGUAAUGAAUUUUCAUUUUCCGUACAGCUCAGUCACGUUCUUGGUUACUGUUUGUUGAACUACUUUGUGACAAAGUGUCAUGAGCUGGUGUGUUUACUCAUUGUGACUGAGAUUAUUAUUAUUAUUAUUUCAUUUUUUUGCUGUUUAUUUAACAAACUGGAUAGAUGUGACACAGUAGUGCUGAAUAUUGCUCAUAGAAUAUAGAGUUACGCUGAAAUAUAUACCGGCAAAGCUGU